GUCAAAAUGGUCUACCGAGAGAGCACUGGAAGUGAACUUGUUAUUUAUCUUUCACUUCCUCAAUUUCUUCGAAAGUGAAAUCCGGGGGGUGAAUAUGCGGCUCUUGUGUAGCGUUGAGCGAGGAAGUGUUUCCAGAAAUCCAAGAUAGGAAUGGAGAAAAAAGAAGACCUAAAUGUGUGCAAGCUGUUGAAUUGCAGUGGUCUGACUGAGAUUAAGUGCAACCAGCUUGUCAUUGGGUCUUUCACUUCCUCGAUAUUUCCAUGAAAGUGAAGCCUGCAGGGAUGCACAAGCUUAGUGCAGAGCAGAAGCAACUCCAUGCGAGACAGGAAUGGAAACAAAAGAAGGUCAUCUCAACUAAAUUGGCUUCUCAGCAGUAAAAUAUGGAGCAAUGUAAAUUAAAUAUAACUUUGGCUACUGGUGUGAUUGGAUGGAACACACUGGUGAAUAAACAGUUACUUAUUGAACUUGCCAAAAAUCCAACAAUAAAGGUGACAGGACUUGUGCCAAGUAGCACCCCAGAACAGAAAGAACAGGCUAGGGAGUUAAUUGUUGAACUUCUUGAUGGCCAAGAACUGGAUGGUUUUUCACCGAAGGAACGCUUGUCUUUCCCACCUGACCAUCUUGAAAUUGAUGUUUUGAUCAUGCACUCAUAUGGGCUUCACGAGGGGAAACAUGCUCAAGUCAUAAGGACAAUCAAGAAAUGUAAGUGGUUUCAUAUUAUCCAUACCAUCAGUGAAGAACUUGCUAAAUAUAUGGAUCAGAAAUAUGAGCAGAAGAAAGAGCACGAGCUACAGCUCAAACUGAGUCAGAAGGCAGACAGCAUAAUUGCAGUUGGCCCCAAAGUAGCUGAUACCUUCAGAUCUGAACUGCGUCAUUGUGGAAAGAGCAAUGAUGUCAUUGAUUUAACUCCAGGGAUUGUUAAUGAAUUGGUGGGUGUUCGACUGAUACACCAGCCUGGAGAAAAGUUCCGCAUCUUGAUCAGUGCAACAUGGUUUGCAAAAUAUUACAGAGUAAAGGGGCUGGAUAUUGCGGCAAGGGCCAUGAAAUUUUUGCAGGAGGUAUCAUGUUAUCUCAUCUGUAUUGUCAACCCAGACGAGGAUACAGAAGAACUCAGUGAGCAACUCCUUAAAGAAGGGAUUGAACUGGACCAGUUUGCCGUGCGACCUUUCCAAAGUAGUGACCUAGAAAACUGGAAGAAGCUACUUUGCGAAGUUGAUCUUAUCAUAAUGCCAUCACGAACAGAGGGCUUUGGCACAACCAACCUCCGUGCUAUUUCUGCAGACCUUCCAGUACUUGUCAGCCAGAAUUGUGGUCUUGGAAUGGCUCUGAAGAAGUUACACUCAGGAGCAAAACAUGUUAUUAAAUCAAAUGAUCCCAAGGUUUGGGCAGCGUCGAUAAAGAAAGUCAUAGAAAAUAGCCCAGAAGAUCAGUUGUCAGAAGCAAAGCAACUUCGCCAAGAGUAUGAGGAAAAAUACAGCUUGGAGAAGCAAUGUAAUUGUCUUGUUGAAAGAAUGCUUACACUGUUUCCAAGCAGACAAGAUUUCAAACAAAGCGUUGAACACAGUGAGGUGUUUGAACAAGAGAGGGGCCAGUAUCCAGAAGUCCAGCAAUAUGAAACGGAGACAGUGGUACAUGAGGAGAGAGCACUUGAGAAUGUCAACUACAGAAGCCAGGAGCUGAGGCCUGCAGCAGAAAUGAAGAGCAACCAAACUGAGAGAAAAGCUUAUGAUGAGGAGAUGGUUGAUGCUGUCCAGAAACAGACCAAGGAACUGAGCUUUGGAGCAAGAAGAACUGAAACUGAGAGAGUGGAUAACAAGGAAAUAGUUGAAACUGUCCAGGGUGGGACCCACCAGGUGGGCUAUGCAGGAGCAAAGGACGUCAAGGAAGAGAGAAAUGGAUUUGAUCAGGUGGAUAGUGCAGGAGCAGCAUUGGAUGGUGUAAAUGAUAAAAACUCAAACAGGAAUCAGGCUGCAAUUACCAACAUGAGGCAGUCUAUCAAAGCUGAAGACAUUCCAUAUUCUAUUUUGAGUAAAAUCUGCCUGAAAUUAAACAUAAGAAAAGACUUGUCUUUUAAUGAUUUCCGCCUGCUGGGAGAGAAAAUGAAGUUUACGAAAGAUGUGAUAACAAAUUUAGGACAGAAGGAGAAUCCAACUUAUGAACUUUUGCAACUGUGGUAUGCAAAGCCUGAAGCAACUGUAGAGAAGCUUAUUACUUUCCUCAAAGAGGAUGAUAUGGAGAGAUGGGAUGUUGCAACUAUUUUAGAAAACUGGUUAAAAAACGGAAAUUAAUAAUUAGUUAGAAAUCAUGAACACUGUGUAGCUUUUGGGUGAUUUAGUAGGAGGAGGGAAAUUUUUACAAUUUUUCUACAGUUAGAUUCACUGUACUGGUACUCGAGGCACUAAAAUAUUUUCUGUUGCAGAAAAAGCAAUGUGUGAAGAGUGUUUUCUUGUCAAACUUAUCAGAAAAUGUAAAAAUGUUAGCAUGGAAAGUAGAACAAUGAGAAAAAUUCCAGGACAAAAACUGUUUUUACAUGUACAAGUGUUGGGGUUAGGAAAACACUGAUGAACAGUGAUUGAAAAACAUUUAGUUUUUAAAUUUGGAAUUUUAGUCUUUUUGAAUUAAGUCAUCAAUCCAAGGUUGACUAUAAGCACAUGUGGAAGUUUUUGUAAAUCUGAUAACAGUUUCAUGAGAACAACUGCGGAUCAUUCUUGAUUGAAGCAGCUAAGGCUGUAUUUUUCUUAAGAAGCUGUUUUUUUUUUGUUUUUUUUUUGUAGUUUAUGUACACGUGUAUAUACAAGUACGAAGUAAGUACUGAUGAAGGGAACCAAUUUAUUUAAAGGGUAUCCACAUAGUGGCUCCUUGCCUUUUAGAUACUAAAAAUAGAUAACUCUGAUUGAAAUAGUGUAACAAUAACUCAUGAAAUAUUUGCCAUCGAAAUUUUUAGGAUAGAAACGUGCAAUAAUUAUAAAAUCCUCUAAGUAAUAAGUGGAAACUAGUUUCAAAGAGAAAAGCCUUAGAUUUGUAGAUUUCUUUUUAAAUAUACAGCUAGAUGUACAUCAUUCUAUAUGUGUGUGUGUAAUUUUGCAUUACUUCUAUUGAAAAGAGGGCUUUUUUUGGUGAAAAUUUAAUGUUUAUCAUAAGCUUAAUUCUUUAUAAAAAUUUUAAUGCAUUAUACUUUUAUUUGUUUAACGUAAUACACACCAAAAUGUCAAUGAACAAGAUGUUGGUUCCUCUGUCA